CGCGCCCCCGGAACGCGAGCGCCGGGAGCGCGGGUGGGAGGGACUGGUGUGUCGCGGGAACCGGAGCCUGGGUCCGGGAGUCGGGGAGCCGGGGCUACCGAGGGAAGACCGUCCGUCGCGAUGAACACCGUGCUGUCGCGCGCGAACUCGCUGUUCGCCUUCUCGCUGAGCGUGAUGGCGGCGCUCACCUUCGGCUGCUUCAUCACUACCGCCUUCAAAGACCGGAGUGUCCCGGUGCGGCUGCACGUCUCGCGGAUCAUGCUAAAAAACGUAGAAGACUUCACUGGUCCUAGAGAAAGAAGUGACCUGGGAUUCAUCACAUUUGAUAUAACUGCAGAUCUAGAGAAUAUAUUUGAUUGGAAUGUUAAGCAGUUAUUUCUUUAUUUAUCAGCAGAAUAUUCAACAAAAAAUAAUGCUUUGAACCAAGUUGUCCUUUGGGACAAGAUUGUUUUGAGAGGUGAUAAUCCGAAGCUGCUCCUGAAAGAUAUGAAGACAAAAUAUUUUUUCUUUGACGAUGGAAAUGGUCUCAAGGGAAACAGGAAUGUCACUUUGACGUUAUCCUGGAACGUUGUACCAAACGCUGGAAUUCUACCUCUUGUGACAGGAUCAGGACAUGUAUCUGUCCCAUUUCCAGAUACAUACGAAAUAACUAAGAGUUACUAAAUUAUUCUGAAUUUGAAAAAUAUUUUUAUACGUGAUGGAUUGCAUCUCAUCUCUUCCCUGUUUCUUCAUUUGUUUUUGGUUACUUUUUUCUUUUUGUUUUGAUGUAAGAAAGGCAAACACCAAAAAAACAUAGCUGAAGUAAAAGGUAGGGGCUGCUUAAGCUUAGUUUUGCAAACAAAUAAAAGGGCUGCCAGAAGAGUAGUAAAAGAGUGAGGCAACUGUGCAGGAAGAACUAGGUUUGAAACAAUUCUUUCAUUUGCAAUAUCUUAAGGCUUAUAAAGUGAACAUACAUGGCUGGUGACGUUUCAGGUGUCUCUAGAUGCAUUAUAUGUUUUAUGUUCAUGCAAGUUGACAGUGGUUGUGACUUAGACAUGAACUUUUAUCUUUUAGUGUUUGUCAGAUUACUGCACACAUUAAUAUGGUUCUUUGAAGUCUGGUUUACAAAAGAGCACAGUGGUAGAAUUUUAUUUCCCUUGUUUUAGAAAUUCCCACUCCUGUUUUCCUUAGGUGAGUAGCAGCUUUCCGCAAUAAAAACUAAGGACCUCUUUGAUGCUGUAAAAAUCUAGCAGGCUCAUUAUAAAGUUUAACCCAACCAAAUGUGUGUCUUUUAGUGUUUUCAGAAUUUUCCUUUGUAUAUCUCUGUGUAAAUUUUCAGCCUUUGAAAGUUGAAAAUGUUUGCAUGGAUUGCCUCCUGAAUUGAAUUUGUCCCACUGAACAUGCCUCUGUAAUUAGUUACAGUUUUCUUAGCUUCAUAUUUUAACAGUUGGAAUAAUAAGAAUAUUUGUGGUGUGCAUUUCCAUUUUCAAAAUUCUCUCAUGUUUGAAUGUUGUCUUGAGUACUCAUAAUGAGGCAGAUUGUGCAAAUGUUAGUUCUUUGCAGGUGAAGAAACUGAAACCCAGAAACUUACUGACUUGCACCCUACUAAAGAGUAGGCAGUGGAGUUCUCUCAUACCUCAGUGUACACAUUGAUCACACUCAUCUAAUUUUAUUGUAGUUUUUUUUUUUUUACUUUUGCAUUCCUUCUAGGAAUGAUAAAGUAUGAAAGUAAUUUUCCAGCAGCCAACACCUUACAUAGUGAUAUUUUUGUUUGUGAAUAUUCAUUUUUACCCAUGUUAAAACUACAUAGGUUUGUAAAAUAAUUUAGAGAUAAAAUACAUUAUAAUUGAGUGAAUAUAUAGUUAUAUUUGACAAGAAAUAUAUCUUCUGCAGUGAUAAGUACCCUCAGAGGUAUAGCAGCUGAAAAUGGGCUAUUUAAUGCAAGAACAGACACUGUAAGUACAUCCCCAAUAACCUAAAAGGGCUGUUUACUAGCAAUAGCAUAAAUUAGCAUUUGUUCUAUUACCUCAUGUGAAGUGUAUCUCUGUUCAAUGAUACUCAUUUUAACAGCUCUCUAUGGGGUGGUACAGUUCUUACAAAUCUAUGUGAGUGAGGUUUUCAGACCAACAGAAAGGUCAAAGGCCCAUUUCAGGAUCUUUGUUUCUUCAUCUAUAAAAUGAUCUUUACUAUGGUACAAAUCAAUGAAAUGUUUUCUUCUGCUCAGCAGAUCAUGAGCAGUAAAUCACUUUAGUCAUCUGAAGUCAUGGAGAUGAUGCAAAGAUUAGCACAGAGUUCAUAGUGAAAUAAGCUUCUGGUAUAUUUUAUGCCUACAAAUUGAGCUUUAUACAUUGAAUAAAUAAUAGUUGUGUAAAAUCUGCAAGUGUCAAAGCUUAGAAUAUCUGGGUGUGUCCUGCUUAAGGAAGCCAUGACAAGCCUGUAGCAUUGAAGCUAAACCUCAGUUUGGUUUAUAGUUCAGUAUACUUCUUUGAUGAGUGGAUCUGUUACUCCAGCACAGAUUAAUAACUAGCACCAAUAUUAUUUAGAAUUACUAGUUGGAAAGCUCAAUUUGAGGAGUUUGGUCAGGAAAACAAGGAAAGCCCAGCUAGCACAGUGUGACAAAGGUCUUUGCUUUUCCAGACUAAGGGAGCAGCUCAGCAUAUGGCUGCUCCAGCAUGCCACUAGCCCUGUUUCUCAGGAACUUGAUUGCAUGUAUGCAGGACUUAGUUUGUAAUAAUUCUACAUCCUACAAAGUUUAUAUGUUUGAUAACCAUCUCUAGUCUUAGUACUUUAGAGAAGUCCUGUCAGAUCUCUGCAAAGACUUGGUGCUUCAGAUUUUAACAAAGUGAGGUGGUCAGUUAGUCUGAACCCACAGUUAAUUCUGUGAAAAGAGGAUAUUUGCAAGAAUUUUAGUGAAAUGUUACAGUUAGAAAUGAACUUUAAAAUGUAGUGCUCAGCAUGUCCCUUUCAUUCUCACCUAGAAACAGCCUCACCUGCCUACUUUAUACCUUUUCAUUGCAUUUAGUGUCCUUAUGCUGAAACUGUUAAGAAUACAAUAGGAAAACUGUUUGGUUUGAAUAUCUUUUCUGGUAAUUAUUUUACAGUUCUUCAGUGGUCUGGCUAGCCAGUUAUUUAUGUGAAGAAAUGUGCUUUAAGAAUUAAAGCUUUGAAUGGAGGCUGGUACUGGUUAAUGGAGAUUCUGCUUUCUGAUACUUUGACCUCGUAGCUGUGACCUCUGAUUGUAAGCAAACAUCUAUUUGAAAAGCAGCUCUAGAUUUCAGUAGCAAGCCUGUGUACCCACAAGACUGCCAGUGGUUCAAAAAUGUAUGUUUCAAAAGUUAUUUUAUAGUUUUUAUGCUAUUUGAGAAGUUGUUUGCUUCCAAAAAUAAAUUCACAGGAAAAUAGUCCAUGAAAAUGCUGAAUAUAUAUGUGCAAAGACUUUCUUAACUAUAAUAAAUAUUCAACAUUUUUCUAAUAACGGUGAUUUUUUUUUUCUGAGUAAAAGUAUGCAUUUUAAAGAC